AUGUCUACAACACACAUGCAGAACACAUUGCCGGAGAUCUCCAUCCUGGACUUGCAUCCAGCUACCGUACGAGCGUGCUGGCAAAAAAGGCGUGCAGACGUCACUCGUCAGAACCGCCGUUCCUGCAUUGCACAGCUGCGCCAUGCGGGCCCGCGCACGAUAGUGGUUCGGGCAAGGGAAAUGGCCGGGGAACCGGAUAGACGCGAGAAGCGGUGUCUCGAGGCGCUGCCUGCUGGACCGUGCUUGCCCCGGGCUGACGCUCUGGGAAACUACCGGCGCGGCCACAUUUGGCCCGCUGGCGCCGACAGACGGAGCGGAUCAUCAGACACACGCGCAGCAGCAGACGGUGGGCAGGGACGGCGUGCACGCUUGUGCAGCGGAUUCUGGGAAGCCAGGCCUGGGAACGGCGAUCUGCACACGGCACCUAUGCGCUGCGUGAAAAGCCGAGGCCGGGUGCAUUACAGUAGAUGUGCGACUGCAAGCUUGCCUGCGGAGAUGCGUGAGAAAAGUCGCGACUGUCAUUCCGUCGUCGACUUUCGAGUCGUGGGAGCGACCGGGUCGACUGGCAGACGACCAGCACAAUGUCUUGGGAAUGGCUUUCAGGAGGGGGUGGAGGUUGAUCAUGCUGUCGCAUCGGCUUAUUUUCAGGACAUCGCGCGCGCGCACACACAACACAGGAUAUGGAUGUCUGGGAUGCCGUCUCAGCGCUCCGCGCCGAUCUGCAGGAACGUCGCUGCCCAGCGCGGCCCACGGGAGGCCGGGGCGGGGGCCGUGAUCUGCGCGAGAGGAGGCCGACGGGAAGGAAAAGAAGGAGCGCCCCGAUUGUGCCGUGCGUCGUAUGCGGCCAAGGGCCACGGCGUCACGCGACCCGCGUCCCUCCAAGCACGGAUCGCCCGCGCGGCACUGCAGCUUGACGCAGGCACGCGCAGGCAUCCUCGCCCGGCCGCACGGUGCAUUUGGUGGACGUGCUACCUGCAUGCGCCUGGGUGGGCAGGACGAGGGGACGGGGAGAUAUCGCAGGGCUGCGUGUGCGGGAACGAUCCCAGGGGUUGGUGCACCGAGGCAUGGGUGUGUGCGAGGAGACUACAUUUGACGACCAGCGGGGACAGACGUGGAAGCAGGCAGAAAGCAGAACAAGGCGCAGGCGUCUCUGCACCGCUGAAUAGGACCGCCCGCCCGUACCCGUACCCCGUCUUGUGCUGGAGACGACAGGACGGGGAAGCGGGCGGCUAAGGACAUUGCGUUGACAUUGACCCACCCACCUUGGACCAUUGGCAUGCGCCCGCUGAGCGAGAACAAGUGUCAAAGCGCAUGAUGCGCUGCCACCGUGACCUACCACUCGAUGCCGUCUCGAUCUCAAGCACAGUCUGCAGUCCGGAACGGAAACAAACAAACAACGAGGAGCGGACGAGGUCCAUGUCCCUGUCCACGCACCCCAAACUGCGAGUUUCGGUUGUGAGCGGGGCAUGCCAACAGGUAGAAAGCAAGAGAGAGAUGGGGCGGGGGGAACGCUGGAUGUCCUC